AUGGAAGACGAUAAUCUCAUUUUUCUGCUUAAUACGAACAAAUCCGAAGCCACCACACCUAACCAACAAAGACGUGAACCAUUAGUUGAAAUAACUGAUAAUGAUGAUCAUGAUUCAAUAGUAGCAAUGACGUGUUUGAAUGAUCGUAUUGAAGCACUUCCACCUAGCAAUGGUAAACGUCAUUUCGAUGAUAUUAAAUUAGUUCGACCCUCGUCUGCUACAAGUCAAGGUCCACGAUCGAAAAAACAAGAAAAAGUUAUCCACUAUGCACCACAUUUAACAUCAGGUGGAAAUCGUAAUUCAAACGAUAAUUUAAUUCAAUCAUCUAUCGACGUCACUCUAUCAUCAAAUUCAUCACCUGCAGAACGACGGCAACGACCACCACCGACUGAAGAUGAACUUGGCAUUAUAACAAUUGUUGGCGUUGAAGAUAAUGGACAACGAGAAAAUGAAAAUGCAAUAGAUAGAAAUUUUCAUGAUCAAUUAUCAACACCAAUAGCUUUACCAAAACCAUCGAUUUCAUCACAAGUUCAUUCAACACCUGAUGUUCAAAUAACACGUUUUGAUAAAGAUCCAAUAACGUCAAAAGCUGCAUUUGCACGUUCACAAUUAGCUAAACGACUUUCAGUUAAUCAAGGACAACAACGUUCUGUACCCAUACAAUCACUUUCAAAUACAACAAAUAAUGAUCUAACAACAACUAGUGAACAAACAGCUACAUCUCUUGCUGCAACUGUUGCUGCAUCAGUAGCUGUUUCUGUUGCUCAACCAUUUUUGAAAUUACAAAAUGACUUUGAACAACGAAUGAAUACUGUUCUUAAUCAAAUUCAGCAACAGAGAUCACAUACGAAUGGUAGCGGUGUUGUUGUACCUGUUACACAUGUGCAACCAGCCAAUGAUUCUGUUGAUACACGAAUAAAGCAAAUGGAAAAAGUACAAGAACAACAAGAACAAGCACUUAAACAACUUGCUGAUCUUGUACAAACAAGCAAAGGCAAGUCUAAAUCGCCUAUUCGGGAACAUAAAAUACCGACGUUCGAAUCAAAUUCUACACCAUCACCAAAACAAAACCGUCAUUUUCUUGAUACACUUGUUGGUACCUCUUCUCCACCAGUUCGUCUUAUGAAAUCUCCCAAGAAACAUCAUGCACACAAAAAGCCUACAACAUCACCAUCGGCAUCAUCAAAUAAACGCCCCAGCCGUGUGACUAGUACUGAUACUCGUACAGUUAAAAUUCGAUCACCAGUUAAAUUCAAAGAGCAGCCACCCAAUAGUCAUUUCAAUAUCGAACAAUCAUCUCCAUUUGCUUGUUCAGUAUGUGAUCGAUCACGUUCACGUUCUCGGUCUCAGUCUCGUUCACCAACAAAAGGUCUUUCACCUGAUUCAUCAUAUCCUCGACCAUUCGUUCCUGUUCCACGACCACCAUCAAUUAUGUCAGAUGGCUUUAUUCCAUCUUCGACUUCGGCAACUACUGGCAAUGCUUUAAAAGAAACCUAUCCACCGUUUGAUAAAUAUUUAAAUAAUUCUAUUCCUCCAUCACCACUUCAACCUAAACCAGUUCUACCGAUCAAUGAAAAUAUGGAUCUUCAUGAACGUGUUAAACAAAUAGAUGAAGCAAAAAAUUUAUUAGAUGAGAAUUAUUUAACAUUGCAUCGACGUCAAAAUGAGAUUACUCUUUUAAAACCAAUAACAGACGAAUCAUUACGUGUUCAACGUCUUGUUGAACAAUGUGUGAAACAAGUUACACGGCAAGUGCGCGAAGAGGUUAAACUUAAACUUGAACAAGACGAAAUAGAAAAUGAUGAAAAUAAAACAGUAGCAACAGCAACGUCGGCAAGUAAAAAGAAACGACCAUCGUCUAAAACGCAUUUAGCUUUCGAUCGACAUUCAACAACACGAGCAGGAAAACCAACAAGCCCCACUAGAGAAACAUCAACAUCAUCAAAACCUUAUAGUGAUGUAUUUAUGGAAGCAGUCUAUGGACGUUCAUUAUAUGACAAAAUUAAAAAAGAAGGUAAACAACCUUAUUUUAAAUUAAAACAACAAGCUAUUCAACGAGCUAAACAAGCAAAACAAAUCGAGCAGAUACCAGUGAAAGAUACUGGACUGAAACCUUCACCAUGUGUAACUGUUCCUCCACGUCGCAUUAUAGAACAACCACCUCCAGUAGUUAUACAACCAUCUUUUCCAUCACCAAGACCACCACAACCUGCUCCUGUCUACGAACCAGAAUAUUAUAAACCUCCAGAUGGUGUUAUUCUUCUUGGUCCACCACAAAUUCGUGAUACACGUACUUUUCAACCAAAUUAUGUACCUUGUGCACCUAAACUAACACCACAUAUUCUACCUAGUGUUGAUGUUGAUCCAUCGCCGAAAAAAGUUCGUUUUGGUAACAAAAAUGAAUCGAUUCGAGUCGAUUUAGAUGAUAAUGAAGAAAAAGAAGAAGAAGAUGAUGACGAUGGAAGAGGUAUCGAAAUACCUGGUUAUCACGGAAAACGAGAUGAUCAUCAACCAACAUAUGAUGGCCCAAGAUUUCCGCCUACCAUUCCUCAUGAUGAAGGUUAUCGCAAUCGACAAUACGAUACAUUACAAUCAGGUGCUGUUGAUUGGCUAGAACAGGAGCUCAUUGCUCGUUUUAUGAGUCAACUACAAAAUCAACAAACAACUGUACCUAUGCCACAACAUCGCGAUGUUAUUAGUGCACGCUCAUCAACGAGUACAAGUAGUGAUGAUCGAAGUAUUCAUGAUCGUUUACUUGAUUUACUUGGACAAGAUGGUUUUCAAUUAUUUAUUGAUAUGGGUCAACCUAUUGAUCAAGAUUUAAUACAAGCAUUAACACGUGAAGUACUCGAAGAACGUAUUGCACAAAUGGUUGGUUAUCGAUCGCCAAGAGAAAGUAUUCAUGUAUUACCACCACCUGCUCCACCACCACGUACAACAACACCAACAACAUCAACAACAACAGUUUUAGUUGAUCACAAUCAUCAUUGGCCACAAGAAAAUGGUGUAGCAACACCACAACCAACUCCACCACAAUCACCAGCCCCACAUAAACAUCAACCACGUCAAGAAAUUUCAUCUGAAAGUGAACCUACAACGCCACGUUCUAUUACACCAGUAGAAGAUCUUAUUCGUCCUCUACCUACUACAUUUCAUCAUAGCAUUGGUACACCUGAUGCAAGUGAAAGUCCGUCACCACCUUCGACGCCACGCAUACCACAACCACCCGUUAUAAUACAACCACCAGCAGCUAUUGAAAAACGUGAUGCGAGUACUAUGGCUUCGAUUGAGUUACCUACUCUACCACCACCUGUUAUUGUUCAACCACCACGACCACCAUCUCCACCACGUCCUCCGAAACCCAGAACCCCUUCACCUGUUUCAUCAACAUCUUCGUCAUCAUCAUCGUCAACGACAAGUUCUACUAAUACUUCAACAUUUUCUGUUCCGUACUCAAAUACUGAUAGUCCAUUCAGUGAUCAUAUGUGGUUUGAUGAUCGUAGUGAAGGUCAAAUCGAUUUACUCGAACACGAUCGACCACAAACAGAACUAAUUUUAAAACAAGCUCAACGGCUAAUAGGUCAACGACGACAGUAUUCAUCAGUAACACCAGCUGGUAUGAGUUUUGUUUCACCUCCAUUUUCACCAGCUGGUGGCACUCAUACAUUAUCAAUUGGUGAAGUUCCUCCUCAAUAUCCCACAGGAUCUUCAUUUCCACCUCAAGAGAAUGGACAUACAACUCCCUCUGGAUCAGAUGAAAGCAAUAAUUCGGGCAAAAGCGAAGGUGAAGCAGGUACAGGUACGAUGAAUGGCCAGCAACGAUCAUCUGUACCUAUUAAAUACCGGAAACCAACUCAGGGAUUUUUAGGAAAAAAGAAUAAUCGAAAAUAA